CGUCCGCUGGCGGGCAGAGGCGCCAUGACCCCGCCGGAGGAGGUGCGGGCGCGCCUGGCGCGGAGCGGGCAGAGCCACUUGCUGCGCUUCUGGCCCGAGCUGGGCCCGGGGCAGCGCCAGGCGCUGCUGGCGGCGCUGCCGCCGGGCCUGGGCGAGCACUGCCGGCUGGCGGCGGCGGCGGCCGGGGCCCGGCAGCGCGGCCCGCCGGAGCGCCUGGACGGCCGGAUGGAGCCGCUCCCCGCCCGGCGGCUGGGCAGCGCCCGCCGCAGCGGCCCACCCGCGCUGGAGCGGUGGGAGGCGGAAGGCUUGCAUCUGAUCUCACAAAACAAGGUGGCAGUGCUACUCCUGGCUGGAGGACAAGGAACUCGCCUGGGCGUGAGCUAUCCCAAGGGCAUGUACAACGUGGGGUUGCCCAGUGGCAAGACCUUGUAUCAGAUCCAAGCAGAAAGAAUCCGCAAAGUGGAGCAGCUUGCUGGCCAGAGAUACCACUGCAAGUGUUCCAUCCCCUGGUACAUCAUGACAAGUGAGUUCACGCUGGGGCCGACAGAGAAGUUCUUUGUAGAACAUGACUACUUCAACCUGGAUAGAUCCAAUGUGGUUAUGUUUGAACAGAGGAUGCUGCCCGCUGUCACCUUUGAUGGGAAGGCCAUCUUGGAGGAGAAGGGGAAAAUUGCUAUGGCUCCAGAUGGCAAUGGUGGCUUAUACCGUGCUUUGGUGGAUAAUAAGAUCUUGGAUGACAUGAAGCAGCGUGGAAUCCAGUAUGUCCAUGUAUACUGUGUGGACAAUAUCCUUGUGAAAAUGGCAGAUCCAGUCUUCAUAGGCUUCUGUGUUUCCACAGGGGCGGACUGUGGUGCAAAGGUGGUGGAGAAGGCUUACCCCACAGAGCCUGUUGGGGUAGUGUGCUGUGUGGAUGGGGUCUACCAGGUGGUGGAAUACAGUGAGAUCAGCCUGGAGACUGCGCAGCAGCAAAGCCCUGAUGGGAGACUGAUGUACAGUACUGGCAAUAUCUGCAACCAUUUCUUCACAGUUGAGUUCCUGGAGACAGUGGCCCAUAAAUAUGAGCCGCAGCUGAGGCAUCAUGUAGCCAUAAAGAAGGUGCCCUACAUUGACGAGGAGGGAAAUCUGGUAAAACCCCUAAAACCGAACGGGAUAAAGCUGGAGAAGUUUGUGUUUGAUGUGUUCCAGUUCUCUAAGAAUUUUGUGGCAUUUGAAGUUUUGAGAGAAGAGGAGUUCUCUCCACUAAAAAAUGGAGACACAGCUGACAAAGACACUCCUACCACUGCUCGGCAAGCCCUCCUGGCCCAGCAUUACCGCUGGGCUCUCAAGGCUGGGGCCAGAUUUCUGGAUGAAAAUGGUUGCAGGAUACCAGAGAAACUCGGUCUCUCAGGAACUGAAGAUCUUCCGGUUGUGUGUGAGAUUUCUCCGUUAGUGUCUUACUUUGGAGAGGGUCUGGAGGUGUAUGUGAAGAACAAAGACUUCCCAUCGCCCUUUGUACUUGAUGAAAACAAAGCAGAAGUGCUAGGAAAUUCUUGAAGAGAAGGGAGGCCUUUCCCCCCCAAAUCAGUUAUCUGUCUGUCAGAUUCAUUAUAAAGACUGACAUUACUGAAACGUCAGCUAUGAAGUAUGUUCUAAAAAAAAUGCUUUGCUGUAUCAGAUUGAUGCCAAAUCCUUGCAGCAGCUGUGUUUACACACAUGCGUGCUCACCAGCUCUGUUUAGUAACUUUGAAGGCUAUGCCUUUUACCUCAGUUUGUUUUGUAGACUUGGAUGUGAAUGAACAUUAAUACCUUCCAAGUACCAAACAGAUUUUAUAUUUCUUAUUUACUGUGCAUAUGAAUGUGUAAAAGAGCCAGUCAGGGCCUAAUAAAUCAGCUUUGUAUUCAAGAAGAUUAAAUGAAUUCAGUGCCUUGUUAGGUAUCUUGUUUGUGCUGAUGGGGUUGGAUUUUUUUUUUUUUGUUGUUUUUAAAUGGUGUGCACAGCUGAAGAAUCAGUUUUUCAUCUUUUUCCCUGAUCCUGUGCUGGUUAGAAGAUCCAGUUCAGCAACUGCAUCCUCUAACCUGAUCAUACAGAGGAGUCUGCUGUAGGUAGGGAUGCUCCUGUACAUAAGCGUUGCUUGAGGUUUGGUCUCCAAAGCACAGAACAGGCUACUUUGCAUAUCUAGGUUCGCUGGUGCCAUUCUAAGAAAACAUAAGUGAAUAUUCAGCUUAGACUGCUCUUUACAGCUGUAGUGACCUUCUUUUUUAAUUAAAAAAAAGAUAUUUUUUUUCAUGACAACCCUCUGCUCUUCCUGUCUAUAACAAACAUUUAUUUUACUUUUAAUUUUUCUUUUUAAUGUAUACCAUAUUCCUCAAAGGGGACUCUUUUUAAAAAGUAUCUGAAAGUAAUAAGAGGAACAAAUUCUGAUGGUAGAAUUUAAUGCUUAACUAAAACAAAGAAAAGGCUUGAUCCCAGCAUAAGCAGUGUACACAGUAAAACAGCAGCCUCUGCUUCUACAGUUUCUGGCCAAGUAGUUUUCCAGCACUCUUUCACUUAUUAAAUAAUUCUUUAGAUGCUUUAAAAUAUAUUACUAACCAUAAUUUAAAGAUGUGUCAGCUAACUAAGCACACUAAUUGCCAGAACAUAUGUAGCAUGUGAACUCAGCCCUGGCUGAGGGAUCCCAAUGUGGCCGUGAUCCACAAAUGAUUGUUCCUGUUCAGCCUUUGGAUGCUGCCCCAGCAAGCUCAUGCCAGGCAGGCGCCCGCGUGCUGCAGAGCCUGCACUGAACACACCAGAGUCAUUUCAGCUUUUGUGAGGAUGCUUCAGGUGCACUGUUAGAUGGCCUUUGCUUGAGGAGUGCUCUGUAUUUUUUUUUCCCCUAAAUCAGUUUUUAAGGAAGGUUGUGGGGAAGGUGCCUCAUCUGGCAUGUUGGUAUUUCAUGCAUCUGCUUCUACUGAGGAACUGCUGAUGCUAUUUUAUUAAGCAUACAUCUUUUAAACAACUUACAUGGUUUUAUGUAGUUCCUGAUGUGAAGCUGUAUUCAGAUGUUGGGGAAAUAUAAAAAUGGCUUUGAGAGUAAGUACAAUUUGUAAGUAAGCUCAUGUUUUCCAAAGCAAGCAUCUAAGUGUCAAUGGCAGUGUUUUCAAGUAUAAAGUGUAUCUGCACAUAAGUAAGGAGCCUUUUGCACAUGCAAACCACCUAAUGACAGUUCUGAUUACCUCAGUUUGCAUGUGCAGCCAGUAAUUCCUAUCUUUAGUAUAAAUUAAGCAUUUGUCCUUGACAUUAAAUUCUGUAAUUUUUUUUUUGCACAGUCUAUGGAUCAUUCCAUUCCUGUCAGUCAUGUUUUGUAUCUGAGAACAAAUUGUGUUGUAUCUUUGUGGAUAUUGCUUCUUGAUUCAGGCAGAUGCUUGUUUCAAAUUGCACUGUGCUAUAAAGAACAGAUACUUCCUUUGCUCUUUCUAAAGUGCUUUCUCUUUUGAGACUUAAGUUCCCAUGUGCUUUAAUUGUGUACACUGAGCUGCUGACACAGUUUCUAGAGGUUGUUUUCAAGGAAAAGCUGAAUUAAAAUGCUGAAUGCCUUGUCUGUUUUUUUUGUUUGUUUUUUUUUUUUUUUUUUUUUCUAUGAAUCCUCAUACUUUAUACUGGAACUUAGAAUUUUGAGAGAACUUUAAAAAAAACAAAACAAAACAACAAGAACAACAAAAAAAAAAACCACAAAAAACAAACACCAAACUGUCCUGUAUGUAACAAAGUAAUUCUAGUAUGCAUUAUGGAAUGAAAAAAGUACCUGAAACAAAGGGAGGUCCCAUAGUACUCCAGAAACUUUUGGACACUUAAGCAUUUUUAUAAUAAAGAUGUUACUGUGA